CACAUUGACAUUUCGAUAAACAUCAUUUGCACAUUGUUAUUUAACAUUUAGGUAAUUUCUAUAGUCGUCAGAAAUCUUUAUUUUAAUGAUUUCUGAGGGAAAAAUUCAAUUUUAUUUACAAUGGGAAAAUCAAUGUCCACGGCCAAGCAGGUGAAUCGAAAUGCAAUCACACAAGUGGUCCAGGACACAAAAGUUCUGCCAAAAUCUAACCAACAAAUCGUCCCCAAAGCUGCACCGUUACCAUUCACGCCAGACGCUGAUUAUUUGAAGAAAGUAAACACGUUCGAUAAAUCUUUCAAUGAUCGAUUAAAGCAAGUUUUCGUGACCUCCAAAAACGAUAAUCCGGACAUGAAUUUUCCGAAAAAUCAUGCAAUGCCAAUCGAAAGAAAUACACCAUACUCACGAAUGCCGCACACUCAAAGAACAGAAGAACGAAAACCAAAUAUGUUGUUUGUAGACGAAAUAAAGACUAUGCUUGGAAAUCACAAAAGUGAUCCCAAAAAGUGGACGCUCGACUACAUCGUCGAGAAAUAUGAUAUUUCAAAAGAGAAUGCUGAAAAAUUGGUGAAGUAUUAUAGUUGUUUGCACACUUUCUAUUCAAGUCGUCCAUCUGAGUCGGAUAAAUAUCUUCAACGCGAAGAACCGGUAAGGAAACCAAAAGGAAAUACACCCGUAUUGGAAAUGGAGGAUAUGAUAACGGCUGGACAAGAAAAGAAAUGGAAAACAAAAGAAGAUUUCGAAAAAGAAUGGAAGCACUUACCGUGGUGAAUCCAAUUGGCAAUAUUCAUUAACACGUUGUAGAAUCAAUUUGAAUUAAAAUGAAAUUAUAAACAA